AUGUCUAUUCAGCAAUACCAAACCGACAAGCAGGGCGGAACGUUCUCGCUCGUCACAGUACCUAAGCCAACGCCAGGACCGAACGAAAUAUGCAUCCGGCCCAAGACUGUCUCUGUCAACCCCAUUGACUGGAAGAACAUUCAGUUUGGCGCCAUGGUCAAGUCAUGGCCGGCCGUGCUAGGCAUUGAUGGUGCGGGCAUAGUCGAGUCAGUCGGAAGCGAUGUAAGGGCGUUCAAGGCCGGGGACGAGGUCAUGAGCUUUGCCAACGGCAUCUUUGGCAACGGCUCAUUUGCAGAGAUUUACACAGUACCAGAGAAUUUGGUCGCCAAGAAGCCCCAAGGAUUGAGCUGGGAGGAGGCGGCAUCGCUACCCAUCACGUAUCUCACCGCAGCCUCAGCCAUCUACGUCGGACUCAAGAUUCAAUUGCCGCGACUCACUCAGCUACCUGACAGCAACCAACCAAAAUCCAUCCUCGUGCUAGGCGGCAGCUCUACGGUCGGCUCGGCCGCGAUUCAGCUUCUCCGCCUCGCCCUGCCCUUUACACACAUCACCACCACCAGCUCGUCGCCGCACCACGCCCACCUGCAGUCCCUCGGCGCCUCCGCGUGUCUGGAGCGCUCAUCCCAGGACCACGCCGAGGAGCUCAAGGCCUCGACGCCCGACGGCCACGGCUUCGACGCCAUUAUCGACGCCGUCGGGGCGGGCGGCUCGUCGCCGGCCGUGUACGAGGCGCUCAAGGCCGCGGGGCCGCGGCGGUGCGCCACCGUUAUUACGGGACCCCCCGCGGGGUUCCCCGAGGGCGUGGACGGCGCCCUGGUCGGCGGGCAGGAUUUCCUCGACGCCGAGAUCGAGGCCAUGCCGUACCUGACCAAGCUGGUCGAGGAGGGUCGGUACCAGCUGCCUGUCAAGGUCGACGUGGUGGGCCAGGGGUGGCAGGCUAUUGAUGCCGCCAUUGCGAGAUAUCCCAAGGGUGUCAGCGGCGCAAAGAUGGUUGUCACCCUGUAA